UUUUUUUUUUUUUGUCAAUCGGAAUUUUAGGGUAAGUUAGGUGGGUACAUUUAUUGUUAAAAAAUGACAAUCUUUGUAUCUGAGGUGGCACACACACACACUCACACUCACACUCACACUCUGUCUCUCUCUCCCUCUCUCUCUCUCUCUCUCUCUCUCUCCUCCAUCUUGUAUAGAAAAACAAAAAUCCAUUCCUGUUCGUCGCAUAGUUUCCUGAUCGAAUACCCACAUCACAUGAGUUUUCAAACACCUACUUUCUACUACUCCUACUGACCCUCAUCAUUCCCAAUGCACCUUCAAAUUUCCUCCCCCCCCCCGUACGUAGGGUCUCUGUAGCGAGAUUUCAACGCUCUGAUUCACACCACACUUCUUCACCCGCAUAGAAUUUCUAGGGUUUCCACUUCCGCAUACUAUAGGAGCACUUCAGCAGCACCAGCACAACAUUUUCCGGCAGCAGUUUCUAGGGUUUUGCACUUCCCUCUACUUCUUCACUGCGUGAUGAUGCACAAUCACAUUCCCGGUACUCUCUCGGCUCCGACAUUCCUGCCCUAGAAUUUGGGCACAUUCCAGAGUUUGAGUAAAACCCUAAAAGGGAAUUCAAACGACUCUCUGUCUGGGGAGUUAUAUUGAAUGAACUGUGGAGAAACGGAGGCGCGACCGGUCCUCGGGCCGGCGGGGAACAAGGCGACGACAAGGACGAUGGAAACUCAUAACAACAAGCAGGUGUCGAAACCCCAGAGGAAAGUAGUGGAGAAACCGCCGCAGGAAACCACCGACGAGGCCAAGGGGAAGAGAGCCCCGUCCCUGCCGGCUGUCCACCCGACUCAGCAAUCCCCGCCGUCGAUCCUGCUGAAGUCGUCGAGCUUGUCGAUGAACGCGUCGUGCUCGUCGGAGGCGUCGACGGACUCGACGUACAGCCGGGCCUCGACGGGGAGGAUGAUAACGGGGAGGAGGAGCGGUGCGCCGGCGACGAUGCGGGUUCGGAGGAGGCAAUGCGGGUUGAAAUCGGAUGUGGGCGAGAAGGUUGGGGUGGGUGGUGAGAGUGAGGUGGGGGAUGCGGGUGAUGCUUUUCCGGCCAAGAAAAGAUGUGCUUGGGUGACCCCGAACACAGAUCCGUGUUAUGUGUCUUUUCAUGACGAAGAAUGGGGGGUUCCAAUCCAUGAUGACAGGAAGUUGUUUGAGUUGCUCGUCUUGUCCACUGCUCUGGCUGAACUCACAUGGCCUGCUAUUCUUAACAAAAGGCACAUGUUUAGGGAAGUCUUUCUGGACUUCGACCCAAUUGCUGUCUCAAAAUUGAAUGAGAAGAAGAUCUUGACACCAGGAAGCACUGCCAGCUCUCUUCUUUCAGAGUUGAAGCUCCGAGCAAUCAUCGACAAUGCACGGCAAAUGUCUAAGGUAAUAGACGAAUUUGGGUCUUUUGACAACUACAUAUGGGAUUUCGUAAACCACAAGCCCAUAGUAAGUCAAUUCCGCUAUCCACGCCAGGUUCCAAUCAAGACAUCAAAAGCAGAUGCAAUAAGCAAAGACCUAGUAAGAAGAGGGUUUCGAGGCGUCGGUCCCACCGUCGUAUACUCAUUCAUGCAAGUUGCUGGAAUUACAAAUGACCAUCUCAUCUCAUGCUUCAGAUUCCACGACUGCGUAGCCGAAUCAGAUCCAAUCGAUAAGGAUGGAACCCUCAAGGCCAAGGUUGAAGAUAAACAACACGACGAUUCAACAGAAUUGGGACUAGCUAGGGCUAUUGAUGACUUGGAUUUGUCUGUCGAGUAAUUUGUUGGUUUAGGUAGAUGGAAUUUUAGUUAGCACCACCAUGUAAGCAAGGGCGGGUGGCUGGGAGGGGUGCUGUGGUGUGGGAGCAAAUGUGGUUUAUGUACAAAUGAUUAUGAAAUCUUCUGUUCUUUGCUACGUAGAUCAAAGAAUUUCUGUUCA